AUGGCGGCAAUGUACAGGAAGAGAUUCACGAUGGAACGGACCCUGGACAUUGGAGUCGGUCGCGCAUUGGCCAUCACCCCUAUACCUAAAGUUGACCAUCAUGUCUGCGGAUCGCCUAUGGUCACCAGCAGGAUAGUUGGAGGGACAGAUGCUGUGGAUGGAGAAUGGCCUUGGCAAGUCAGCGUGCAGUACCAGGGAAGCCAUAUUUGUGGGGGGUCUCUCAUUGCCCCACAGUGGGUGCUGAGCGCUGCUCACUGCUUUGAAAGCUCCGUUUUGGCAGCAGAUUAUAAAGUUUAUUUGGGUCUCUAUCAACUUUCAAUGAAGUCUCCGCCUCACACAGUUAUUUCUGGAGUCCAGACUCUAAUAGUUAAUACUGAAUAUGUGGGGAUCCCGAGCAGAGGGGACAUCGCUCUACUGAAGCUCUCCACUCCCGUCAACUACACCCAGUACAUCAUGCCCAUCUGUCUGCCCUCAUCUGGCGUCCGCUUCCCCUGUGGCAUGGAAUGCUGGGUCACCGGCUGGGGCCACACAUCCGUCCAUGGAGGUUAUCCGCCCAAUGGGACCCUGCAGAAGGUCAUGACCCCACUCAUCGACCACGAAACAUGCAACACAAUGUAUCACAUGUGGUCCGAAGAGAGCACUGACUUCAUCAUCGUUCAGGAUGACAAGAUAUGUUCUGGAUAUGUAGAGGGACAAAAAGAUUCCUGCCAGGGAGACUCUGGAGGACCUCUGGUGUGUAAAGUGCAUGGUGUCUGGUACCAGGCUGGAGUUGUAAGCUGGGGAGAAGGCUGCGCUUAUCCAUAUCGCCCUGGGGUGUACACCCUGGUACCGGCUUAUGAACAGUGGAUCAGCACGUUUGUGAAUGUGAACUUCAAUGACGUGACGGACAUCCCCGACCCUCCCAUGCUGUGUGCAGACGGCCUGACCAACAUGGCUUUUCUGGAAAGUAAAGGAACCAUUGAUGUUGUGUCUCCGGAGGUCCCUGUCCCCCCCACCUGCGGGUCCCCACAGUUUUCCAGGAGGAUUAUCGGAGGAACAGAUGCUGCAGAAGGAGCCUGGCCCUGGCAGAGCAGUAUACUGUACAAUGGGAACCCCAUCUGCGGGGGGUCCCUGAUCUCUGACCAGUGGGUUCUGAGCGCCGCUCAUUGCUUCGACUCAUCCCCCUCGCCCUCUUCUUACUCCGUCCUCCUGGGGGCGUACAAGCUGGACAUCCCUAAUCCUAAUGAGCUGACGGUCAGUGUGGUCAGAUUGAUCAUUAACCCGGAGUUCAGGGGUUCUGGGAGCCGCGGAGACAUCGCUCUGGUCCAGCUCUCCAGACGGGUCACCUACAGCCGGUACAUCCUCCCCGUGUGUAUCCCAUCAGCCUCCAUGGUCGUCCAACCGGGAACCAGCUGCUAUGUCACCGGAUGGGGAAAAACACAGUCUGACGAAUUUCUGGCGUCCCCUAAAACCCUUCAGCAGUUGAUGUUACCUCUGAUCAGCCGGGAGUCAUGUGACCAGAUGUAUCACAUAGGAUCGGGGACCAGCGCCAACGUGCCCAUCAUACAGAGUGACCAGAUCUGCGCCGGGUACCAGGCUGGGCAGAGGGAUUCCUGUGCGGGAGACUCCGGGGGUCCCCUGGUGUGUAAGGUGAAUGGGUAUUGGUACCAGGUUGGCAUCGUGAGCUGGGGCGAUGACUGCGCCCUUCCAAACCGCCCGGGGGUCUACACCUCUGUUCCAGUCUAUGAGUCAUGGAUCAAUAAUUAUAGAAGCCAGCACUUGUCCUCCUCCUCUUCUCCCAGGCUAGGGGCCUCAGCGCUGCUCCUUGUGGUCAUUCUGAUACUGCACGUCUGAGGCAUUUCACAAGUGAGAACUGCGGCUACAUCACCAAUGGAGAAGAUUUAU